AUGAGCAACCGCUUCUUCGUACUGCCCCAACCUCCUCCCUUCAGCAACUCCGACUCGGGCUCCGACCUCGAUGACAACGACGACACCUCUCUCCCGUUCCCGAAACCUCUCGACCGCUCGUCAUUUCUUGCUCCCGACUUCGACGCGGCAGUCUUCCUUUCCAGCCUGUCAAAUCGCUUUCAGACCCUCGAAGAUCUCCAGACGGAGCUACGUGAGUUGAGCCAGACUCUCAACAAGGAACUCGUCGACCUGGUCAACGACAACUACCAGGAUUUCCUGUCCCUAGGGAGUACCCUUUCCGGUGGCGAGGAAAAGAUCGAGGAUAUCAGGGUUGGGUUGUUGAGUUUCCAGAGGGAUGUCAAGGGUCUGAGGGACUUGGUGGAGCAGAGGAGGGAGGAGGUAGCAGAGUUGUUGAAGCAGAAGAAAGCGAUCAGGCAGGAGACCAGUAUCGGACGAGCGCUGCUCGAAGUGGCGGAACGAUUAGACGCCUUGGAGGAGAAGCUGAAUAUUGCGAGACCGAAAGUCAGCGGACCGGUCACCAAAGCUCAGGUCGAAGACAAUGGCGCCGAACAGCAGUGGAGCGAGGAAUGGAUAGAAGAGACGACGAUCAACGAGAGCGACGACGAAUACGACUCGGAUGACACUAUGGGCAUGACAGUACGUCUGAAGUGGAGGACGGAGGAGUUCCUCAUUUUGAAGCAUUUGGUGGGGAGGCAUAGUCCGCAACAUCCCUUUAUGUUGUCACAAGAAGGCCGCAUAAGGAAGAUGCAAGAGAUCCUUUUGUCGGACCUUGAUAUGGAGAUCAGGCGCGAGCCCGAGGUCAAGACCAAACAGGUGAUGCUGCAGGUUCGUGCAGCCAUCGCCGAGUGA